AUGGCAGCAUUUCCAAACAACAAGGACUCAAAGAUGGAGCUCACCAAAGUUGGACAUCUUUACCGUUUCCUCGCCGACUUUAAAGACUAUGUAGAUUAUUUGGACUCUAAAGUUACUCCAACGGAUUUAUUUUAUUUAAAAAACAGGGAGUUGGCUCGCAAGCUGGUGGAGAACGGCCACAAGGGCAUGAUCCUGAGCAGGGAGGAAUUUGAGGAGAGGAAAGCAGCUGCAGAGGCUGCAAAGACUGAACAGAGCAGCGAUCUCUACAGCAGGAGCCGCCCAAUGACACUUGCAAGUGCAGGAAAAGAGCUCAAUGAUAACUUCCUGAAGGCCCUGGCAGAGCGAGAAGAGGCCAACCGCAGUGGGAAAAUGACUACGGUCAUUUUCAUAAGGGAUUAUAAUGCACUUGGACACGAGGUAUCUGGAUAUAUAGACUACGCCCACAGACUCAAGUCAGAAGAUUUUGAACCAUAUUUCUGUGGAAAGAAAAGGCUCAUGCCAGGACGCUCAGAUUUAUGCUACUACAACUGGAGGACACAAGCAGCCACCUCCAACUCUAGUCCCAACUUCUUGGUGGUUUAUGAUGACCCAAAUGGACUUCUCUUUAAGAGCAAGAGGGACGAAAAGAUACUGAAUGUGGAUCCUUGGUCUGGCCCCAGUAAGGACUACAGCAGGACGCUCCUCCAGUCGCACCUCUACAUCCACAUUGUGCUGUACGACCAAAGUGUGAGAAUGAUCUAAGUUGCAGACGCUGCAGCCGACACAGGCACACAUGUGGUUCACAGUGCACAGCACAGAAAGCCUCUAAUUUAAGCUGCAGCUGCAUCGAAAUUUACAAACUUCCCCGCAUAUCGUGCAUGGCAUCAGGGUGGAGGUGCUGCUAGUGUUUGGGGGAAAAAAAAUACGACUUCAAAAAGAGAAUUCCCAGAGGAAGAUGUGGAUGGACUGGUGUGACAGCCGGAAGGUUUCCGAGUGGAUCUUAAAUAUUCCUUUUGGUGCAAGCUAUUUGUUAUCUGGCUUUGCACAUGCCAGGAGUCAUAGUUAAGAGCUAGAACCUGCUCAGUGACCCCAGGCUCAUCCAUCGUUGGGGACAACAUGUUUUGGGCAGUUUGUCUAAACAAAUUAAAGGUGUAAGGGCUUUGAAAGAUGAUGGGAGUUACUUUUAUGUCCUCCCCCAGGCUGCGGUAGCUCCAUUUGGACUGAAAGAGUUAGUAAUGGGCUUAAAGCAUUCCUUGUGUUCCCUGAUAAGAGGCACAGUACACCGCACAUCAAAGCUCUCAAUCUUUUCCAUGUUAGCCACUGACUGACAGGUUUUCAUUCAGCAUAAAUCUACAAAUAAUCUUAUUCAGAAAAUUGUUUGAAAUCUGAAGAAGUUUGUUUUUUGCUACUGAUGCUGAAACAGCUGGUGGGAAUCACACAAUAUUAACUCUGACCAUAAGAUGAUAACAAAUUACAGGAUUUUCAUUUAUAAGCCAGCUGAAGCUGCAUCUUGGCCAGUGAUUAAAGUAAAAUGAUGUAUUU